UGCAGCGGGAGUGCCGGGAGUUACAGGAGGCAGCGGAGUGCCGGGAGUUUCUGGACCAGGAGAACCGCAUGUCCCGCAGGCAGCUGAUGGAGGUGGAAGCCAAGCUGCAGUCCACGCUGGCCGAGCUGCAGGAGCGCAGCCUGCAGCACGAGGAGCUGCUGGAAGCCCACCGGGGCCUGCAGGAGGAACGAGCUGCCCUGCACAAGGAGCUGGAGAACACCAAGGCGGAGCUGCAGGACCUGCAGCUCAAGAGGGACAGGGUGUCCUGGUGCUCGGCGGGCAUUGCCGAGAGCAAGGCGAGGCUGCAGGAGCUGGCUGACUGCCUGCGAGCCUCCCUGCCCCAGCAGGAUGAUGAUGACGAGGUCCUGUCGAGGAGCAGGACCUGGACCCCCGGCUGGAGGACUCCCCGUGGGCCCUGGACCCCCCGCAGCAGUGCUUGGACCCCCGUGUGCCGCACACCCGCCCGCCGCACCCCGCACCGCCCCGGGGGGUCCUUUGUGGGCAGUGUUCUGAAGGCGGUGUUGGGAAGAGAUGGUGAUGAAGGCACUGGAGGUGAGAGCACAUCUGCUAGGGAUAGGGCUCCGUCCACACCGAAGCCCCCAGAGCCCGAGGACGGCCUGAUGGAGCAGGCGGCCGAGCUGCGGGCCGUGGUGUCUGACCUCUCCAUGCUGAGCUCCCGCAUCCAGGAGCUGGAGCAGAGCGAGUUCAGGGCGCUGCAGGCAGAGAUCUCUGACCUGCAGCUCCAGCUGGAGGAGGUGACGACUGAGAGCCAGGAGCGGAUGGAUGCGCAGGCUGCCACCAUCGCCAAGCUGAACAAGGUGCUGCAGGGCAAGCUGCAGAACGAGAAGGAGCUGCAGGACGUUGUGAAACAGCAGGAAGCGAAGAUGCUGCAACUCAUCGACAAGAGCGGGGAGGUGACGAGGCUGAAGGAGGAGGUGACCCAGCUGAAGCGCUCAUUGCAGCGCGCAGAGACCGAGGCCAAGGUGCUGUGGGAGGAGAUGCGGGGACAGGAGGCCAAGGGGGACGCAGCCCAUGUGCAGGAGCGCGUCCUGCUGCGGCAGGAGGUGGACAAGCUGCGCUUGCUGCUGCUGGAGAAGGAGGAUGAGAAUGUGGUGGUGUCAGGGAAUUACCUGGAGCAGGUGCGAGGGUUGGAGCUGAGGCUCUGCCACGCACAGAAGCUGCUGCGGAGCCAUGAGGAGCUGCAGGAGAAGGUGAAGGAGGUCCUGCUGUCCCUCCCCGAGGUGCCCCCGGAGCUCUGUGCCCUCCUCCAGCACCUGGGGCUGAAACCGAGAAGCAAGAAAGCUCCGGCUCCGCUGUAACCCACAGCGUGAAACGUUCCCAUUCUUAACACCGUCGUUAUUUAUUGAAUAAAGUUUGUUGGCCUUCACCCUGUCCCCUGCCUGGGGACACCCCCUGCCCUCCCUA